AGAAGAGAGUUUUCUUCUCUUCUUCUGGUGUUUUUGGGUGAGAUUGAAAACAGGGAAGAACAGAGUUUUGGAUAUGGAAGGUGGGUGUUUUACGACUUCAGAGUCUGCUUGUACUGCAACUUCGCGUAAAGGGCCGCAGAGAGAGAAGAAGCCUUACAGAGGUAUAAGGAUGAGAAAGUGGGGGAAGUGGGUAGCGGAAAUCAGAGAACCAAACAAGAGAUCAAGGAUAUGGCUUGGUUCUUACUCUACGCCCAUGGCUGCUGCUCGUGCUUAUGAUACGGCUGUUUUCUAUUUGAGGGGGCCUUCUGCUCGUCUCAAUUUCCCAGAAUUCUUAGUUGCAGAGGAUGAGCUUCAUGACAUGUCUGCUGCGUCUAUAAGGAAGAAAGCAACAGAGGUUGGAGCUAGAGUUGAUGCCCUUGAGACUGGGUUGAUCGGUUCCCAAUUCAAUUCUUGCAAGAAAUCGUCAAACAAGAAGCCUGACUUGAACCAGAAACCAAAUCCUGAGAGCUCUGAUGAAGAUUGAAGAGCAACCCAGCCCAACCCUGCCCUUUUUUUGAAACCUCUGUUUCUAUAUUUUUGUUUGUUAAUAGGAUGUAAUCCAGAUGGUUGACCAAGCAUGAAACAGAGCUGUAUCUGAUCUAACCCUUAAGAAGGGAGAGAGAGAAAAAAAAUCAACCAGAAUUCAGAAAACUGUCACGGAUAUCAAAGAAAGAAUCAGUUCCAAUAGGAAGAAACAACAUCAAUCCUUUCCUCUCUGUAUAGCUUUUCAAAUCAGUUUUAAGGUUUUUCUAUUUCUUCUUUUUCUUUUU